CCCGCCCCCGGCCCAGCCCUGCCCGCGCCUGGCGCCCGCCCGGGGGAUCCAGCGGCUGCGCUGGCGGGAGCCCAAACCCCGCCGCUAACACUGAGCCCCUGCGGCUGCGCCCCUCGGGCUGCCGGGGCCGGGCCGGGCUCCGCUCCGGCCGCUGGUCACACGCUCAGGCGGCCCAUGAGCGCAGCAGCGCCUGUCCCUCGGCUCGGCGCGUGCCAGCGCCCGUGGGGCCGCGUCCUGCACGGAAGCAGCAGAGCUCCCUUGCCAGCAGCCUUCGUUUCCUGCUCCUAGGAGCUCCCCCUGGCCGGGCAGAGAGUGUCUUCCACCCAGGGAUUUCCCCAACAGCCCCCACCCCCCAGUUUUGUGAAUUAGUUACCUGCAGUGUUGCCAAUUUGGUAACUGGAAAUUUGAAUUGAAAUUAAAGCAUUAAUAUAUGCUUUGAAAGCAUAUAAAGUGUAUGAUAAAAUACAUGUAUCUGAAAAAAGUAUAAUAGAUGUGAAAAGUAUGAACGGACUAGCUUCCUUGUACAGUUUGUGUUUUUAUGACAAUGUCAGUACAUUCGUUUUGGUGAUGUUGGCCAAAUUAUGAUUUAUAAGCAAAGUCUAAAUGAGCUAAUGAUGCUGGGGGGGAAAGGCUUCAAGACCAGAGAGUAUUUACAUUCACACCUAAGCUACCUCGGUAUCCAGCAAACAAAGCUGUGUUGCCCAAGUGAUAGAUUUUGGCUGGGAUUGGGUUACAAAUCACAGGAGGGGGAUGAAAUGUUGUUAUUCUUAUUGUAUAAGUAAAGGGCAGUAGAACUGUACUUAGCCUGUGCUGAUUGAGGGCAGCAAGAGAGGGUGGGGACAGGUGUUUUGCUUGAUGGUCUGCCUGAGUCACCAGUACUAUUUGAGGAACCCCCCCCUCCACUGUUUAAAGACAGAGCUGAUUAGGCUCCAUAUAUAGUCCUUUGUUUUGUUAAGUGACCACUACAGCUGAAAUCACUGAUAAUCAGAUCUAAGGCCUGGUCUACACUAGGAGGUUGUCAAAUUUAGCAGCGUUAAAUCGAAUUAAUUCUGCACCCGUCCACACAACAAAGCUAUUUAGUUCAACAUAAAGGUCUCUUAAAUUCGACUUCUGUACUCCCCAACGAGGGGAGUAGCACUAAAUUCGACAUGGCCAUAUCGAAUUAGGGUAAGUGUGGAUGGAAAUCGACACUAAUAGCUCCAGGAGCUAUCUCACAGUGCACCACUCUGUUGCCGCUCUGGACAGCAGUCCGAGCUCGGAUGCUCUGACCAGCCACACAGGAAAAGCCCAGGGAAAAUUUGAAUUCCUUUUCCUGUCUGGGCAGUUUGAAUCUCAUUUCCUAUUUGGACAUCAUGGCGAGCUCAGCAGCACUGGCAACGAUGCAGAGCUCUCCAGCAGAGAUGGCCAUGCAAUCUCAAAAUAGAAAGAGGGCCCCAGCCUGGACUGAUUGGGAAGUCUUGGAUCUGAUCACUGUGUGGGGCGAUGAGUCCGUGCUUUCGGAGCUGCGAUCGAAAAGACGGAAUGCAAAGAUCUACGAGAAGAUCUCAAAAGCCAUGACAGAGAGAGGAUACAGCCGGGAUGCAACGCAGUGCCGCAUGAAAAUCAAGGAGCUGAGACAAGGCUACCAGAAGACCAAAGAGGCAAAUGGACGCUCCGGAUCCCAGCCCCAGACAUGCCGUUUCCACGAGGCACUGCAUUCCAUCCUAGGUGUGGCCGCCACCACUACCCCACCACUGACCGUGGACUCUGAGGAUGGGAUAUUGUCGACACCCGCUUCCUCGGAGAUGUUAGCGGACGGGGAAGAUGAGGAAGGAGAUGAGGAGGACGAGGCAGUCGACAGCGCUUACAACGCUGAUUUCCCAGACAGCCAGGAUCUCUUCAUCACCCUCACUGAGAUCCCCUACCAACCGUCCCCAGGCAUUAACCUGGACCCAGAAUCAGGGGAAGGAUCAGUCGCUGUGACUGUCUCCCGACCUACCCUGGUAUCACACUCCCAGAGGCUGGCGCAGGUUGGGAGUAGAAAGAAAAGGACACGGGACGAAAUGUUCUCACAACUUAUGGGCUGCUCCCGAGCCGAGGCAACCCAGCAGACCCAGUGGAGGGAGAACAUGUCGCAAUACCAGCGAGCACACAGCAAACGGGAGGAGAGGUGGCGGCAGGAAGACCAGCAGGCGACUCAAACGCUGCUUGGACUAAUGAGGGCGCAAACGGUCACACUCCGGCGCCUUGUGGAUGUUCUGCAGGACCUGAGGCCGGAGGACAGAGCCCCGCUGCAGUCUAUCUGUAAUCACCCUCCCCCGCCACAAAGUCCCAUAUCCCCCUCACCCAAAGUACCAAGAAGGAGGGGCGGCAGAGUCCGUGAAAAUUGUCACUCCACCCCUGCAGACUGCUCAAGUACCAGAAGGCUGUCAUUCCCCAAAAUUUGAUAAGUCCUUUCCUUCCCGCCUCACCCAAGCCCCCA